AUGGAGUGGUUAUGCGAGGCAACACCGGAAGAAAUAGUAAAGGUAGACAAGAAGACAAAUACAAUGAAAGAACUUGAUACAGUAGUGAGGAAGUACGUGCAGGGGAGAAUAAAGAGGGGAAACCCAUACGAUCCUAUAUGUAGUGAGUGUGGAAGUAAAUCCAUCAUUAUAAUAGAUGGAGCCGACACAUGUACAGAAUGUGGAGUCUGUGAGAUGAACAACUUCUCACACUAUGUCAGCUACAACUAUAAUAAGGACGACUACCUUAAGAAGAAGACUUCACAUAAUAGGGUAUGUUGGUUUGGAAGACAACAACUGGAACAUGUAGAUAACCCAGACAGACUCAUACUAAGGAAUCAGUUUCAGAAGGUAGUUAGAUGUAUACAGAGACUUAGACUACAGAGAGGACGCAAUAUAGUAAGAUACAAGUUUUACCUACUUAGGUUAGCAAGCAUGAACGGUAUAGAAUUGAGGGACCCUCAUGAGGACAUCAGCACAGAAAGAAUAGUUAACGAACUAGAGGACCAUCUGUAUGGGAAAGUCUUUGUUGAGCUAGGAUGGAAGUCUGAGGGAUGUCAGUACUACGACAGAGGGAUGUCAGUACUACGACAGAUGGAUGGAGCGCACUGGGGGGGUCGUCAACUAAAUUAA